CGAGAAAGGACAGGCGUCGAGAGCUGGCCACUUCCGCACUUCCGCUUUCCGGCCCAGCCAGCGCCCGCGAUGACUGCCACUCUCCGCCCCUACCUGAGUGCCGUGCGGGCCACACUGCAGGCUGCCCUCUGCCUGGAGAACUUCUCCUCCCAGGUCGUUGAACGACACAACAAGCCGGAGGUGGAAGUCAGGAGUAGCAAAGAGCUCCUGCUACAGCCCGUGACCAUCAGCAGGAAUGAGAAAGAAAAGGUUCUGAUUGAGGGCUCCAUCAACUCUGUCCGGGUCAGCAUUGCUGUGAAACAGGCUGAUGAGAUUGAGAAGAUUUUAUGUCACAAGUUUAUGCGCUUCAUGAUGAUGCGAGCAGAGAACUUCUUUAUUCUUCGAAGGAAACCAGUGGAGGGGUAUGACAUCAGUUUUCUGAUCACCAACUUCCACACAGAGCAGAUGUACAAACACAAGUUGGUGGACUUUGUGAUCCACUUCAUGGAGGAGAUUGACAAGGAGAUCAGCGAGAUGAAGCUGUCGGUCAAUGCCCGUGCACGCAUUGUGGCUGAGGAGUUCCUCAAGAAUUUUUAAACCGUUUGGCUGGAUCUCGUGGCCUUCCCCCUCGGACUCCCUGUGUCUCUGCAAAGGCAUCCUGGAGCCACUCUCCACAGCAUCGGCAGCAGUGGGGAGCUGGGUCGGGGUGGGCAUUAGAUGCGGGAGGGGGGUGGUGUGCUUGCUAGCUGGGCAAGAAAGCAGCAUGGACCUGCCCCAAGGCCACAUGUGCCUGGUCAGGCUGGCUUCUGAUGUUCAGUCCCCUGGGCUGGGACAGAUUUUUUUUUUUUUAACGUCUUGAACCUUCAACUCUGUGCUUGUAGGAGACUGUAACCUGUCUUUUUUUUUUUUUUUUUUUUUU